CUGACUUUGUAUUUCUCUGUGGCAGUUUUUGCUUGCUUACUACGAUGAGUUCAUCACCAUUACUUUCGCGAGGAACCUAUGUGCAAAGCAUCCGCAUUGCUACAAGAGCAAUCAUCCGUAAAUGGGUACUUAGAACUUAUAAGAACAUGGACAAAGGAUACAACGAGUGUUGUUGCUUGCAGCGUUAAAUCUGGUCGCGUGAUCGGUGUCGCCAUUACAAGAAUAGACAGCCUCCCUGAAAAAAUGGACGUUUACAAUCGUGUACAAAUUCUGGAAGGAGUUCAACUAAAAAGUAUCAUGCACUUGAUGAACACACUGAUCUUACAAACGAACCCCUACGACAGAUUUAAGCUCCACGAGUACUUUCGUAUCUAUCUUACCUGCGUGCACCCAUCUUAUCAAGUAAAAGGCAUCGAAAUCGCACUUCUAGAUGCCUGUGUGCAAGUAGCAAAAUCAUUGAAAUUUUCGGCGAUCGGUGGCAUCUUUACUUGCGGCGCCAGCCAAACGAAAGCACGAAGCAUCGGCUUUGAACUUUUUUCGGAGAUACGAUAUAACCGAUGGGUCGUUGACGACCGUGUAGUUUUCGACGAUCCAGGCAGGGGAAACCAUUCAGCAGCUUUUAUGGGUAUGCUAAUGUCAUCUGAGGAAGAGCUGGACAAUAAUGAAACGCCUUUCAUCGACGUGACACCAAAAAAGGUUGGAGGAAACUUGUUUGAUGAAUAA